CGCAGUCUCCAGCUGUCUCUUGUGGUCCAGCUGGGCGGCUGUGCUUGGUGGGCGGCUGGGGCUUCUCGUGGGAACGGAGCCAGGACCACUCCUUGGGGCCACAAGGGCACAGUGGACUAUCCCUCCUCCCCCGUCGCCAGGAAAGCGAUCACGGUUAAUAUACCUGCCAAGAUGUUUCACUUACAAGGCCCACAAAUGCUGCAGAUGCUAGAGAAAUCCUUGCGGAAGAGCCUCCCUGAGUCCUUAAAGGUUUAUGGGACCGUCUUCCAUAUGAAUCAUGGGAACCCAUUCAACCUUAAGGCCCUGGUGGACAAGUGGCCUGAUUUUAAUACAGUGGUUAUCCGCCCUCAAGAGCAGGAGAUGACAGAUGACUUUGAUCAUUAUACCAACUCCUACCAAAUCUAUUCUAAGGAUCCCAGGAACUGUCAGGAAGUCCUUGGCACAUCAGAUGUCAUCAAUUGGAAACAACAUUUGCAGAUCCAAAGUUCACAGUCCAGCCUGGAUGAGGUGAUACAGAAUCUUGCAACAACUAAAUUAGUCAAGGUCAAGCAAACACAACGCAUUCUCUAUGUGAUGCCGGAGACAGCGAGGAAACUGCUCCCCUCCCUGCCAGAGACAAAGAAUUUACCUCUUAAACCCAGCAGCCCCAGGGCCAUCAACCAAGAGAUGUUUAAACUCUCAUCCCUGGAUAUUCCCCACGCUGCUUUGGUGAAUGAAUUCUGGCAAUUUGGAGGCAAUGAGAGGAGCCAGAGAUUCAUCGAGCGCUGUAUCCGGGGCUUCCCCAACAUCUGCCUGCUGGGGCCUGAGGGGACCCCUGUGUCCUGGUCUCUGUUGGACCAGACAGGAGAGAUAAGGAUGGGUGCCACUGUGCCUAAGUACCGGGCCCAGGGUCUCAUCUCCCAUACCCUAUGUGCCCAUAUCCAGGCUCUGGACAAACUCGGCUUCCCUGUAUAUAACCAUACAGACAAAGCCAACAAAAUUAUACAGAAAAUGAGUCUCAAUAUGCAUCAUAUCCCCAUGCCCUGUGACUGGAACCAAUGGAACUGUGUGCCUCUGUGAAGCAGCCCUGAACACAAGACAGUGUUGGGUGGGCUGGUCACAUGGCAGGAGGAGCAGAUGGAUGGAUGAAGAGAAAGAAUAAAUUGUAACCAGCAGUAAAGCAAUGUGUGAUAUUUAGGCUCUGGGGAAGCAGUGUGAAUGGUCAACAGAACCACCACAAUCCCUGCUCGCAAACCACUCAUGGACUUCUCUUUCGGUCCAGCAGAACUGGCCCGGCCAGACCUUCCUGUAGUGGACCCUGGUCUUGUUCAGUUUCCUACACUUUGGGAUCUCAAUGACACUCUAUUCAGCUGCAUCUGCCCUAAUGCUUCUCUUGGAAUUCCUAUCUCACACGUGGAUUGUUGCUAAUGGGCAUAUCUUGCCGGUUUUGCCAAGAUGUGGUAUUGUCUUAUGGGUAGUAUAAUUUUCCCUCUCCCUUUCCGUUAUCCUCCCGUCACCCCCACCCCCCCACCCAAUUUUUAUUGAGUUAAAAUUGAAAAAUAAAGUUGUAAUUUAUUUAAAGUGUAAAAUGAUAUAUGUAUACAUUGUGAAAGGAUUCCCACAAUCAAGUUGAUUAAUACAUCUAUCACCUCACAUACUUACCCUUUUUUUUUUUUGCGAGAAUGCUUAAGAGCUAUUCUUUUAGCAAAUUUCAGUGAUAUAGUAUUAUUAACUAUAGACCAUGCUAUCCAUUAGAUUCUCAGAACUUAUUCUUUUAUAUAAGGUUUGUACAAAAGGUACAAAAAAAAAGGUUUGUGCCUUUUUUACCAACUUCUCCCUAAUUCUUCCACAUCCCAACCCUGGCAACCACCAUUCUAUUCUGCGUUUCUAUGAGUAUGACUUUUUUGUUUUUUUAAGUUCCACAAAUAAGUGAUACCAUGCAGUAUUUGUGUUUCUCUGUCUGGCUUAUUUCACUGGUUGACAAUUUUCUUGUGCAUAUGCCUAGUAAGGAAAAUAUCCAUAAUCAAUAAAGAAUAA